AUGCAGUGCUCAAUACUUACUGUGGUACUUCUGUACUUUUUCCUUAUGACUAUACAUUCUUCGAAUCAAUAUAGUAUAAGUCCUCUGCAAAAAAAACCCAACCAUUUCCCUUCGCAACUGCAUCCAGAUUUUGAAAAUAGCCUUCAAAAACUGUUAACAAAAUCUAUAACUGAAGUUUACGAAACGACACCAAACUGCUGUAAUACAACCGCAACACCAACAGCGACGAGUACGACAACUGCAACAACACCGGGAGAGCAUUCGCUGGUCAAACAUUUGAACUGCGGAUGCGAAGACGAGAGUCUUACAAGAGGAGUGAACUAUUGGCUUGAUAUCGUGUUUGUUGUGGACUCGACGGAUGCUGUGCGUGAUUUGGACUUCAGUGACGUAAAAUCAUUUGUUUCUCUGUUUGGAAAUCUUCAAAUCGGCACCGCAAGUAAUGGUGACCCAAGAUAUUCCCGAAUUGCUGUUGUGAACACAGGGGCUGAGGCAGAAAUAAUUGCGGAUCUUAAUCGAUUCAAAAGCGGAACAGAUUUGCAGAACACAGUGGCACAGAAGUUGGUCAAAAAGGGAGGGACGAAAUUCAACUUAUAUGCUGGCUUGACGGCAGCUCAAGAUAUCCUAACAAGUGAAGACAAUGCUUCACGCCGCAUUAAUGUUCCAAAAGUUGUUAUUGUGUUCUCAACAAUCCCAACCAAUUGUGGAUUAUUAGCCAGAAACAGUUCAACGACAGGUGAUCGAAAGGUGGAUAGGUUGUGCAGUUUAGCUACAUAUCUACAACAGCAAGCAACACUGAUUACUAUAGGUCUUAAAAUGGCGGGUGCUACCAGUUACCCGCAUAUUGAUAUAGCCAACAACUGCAACAGGUUUCAAAACUCGUUUGAUAUGACGAUGAACGUAUUAAGAGCUUUGUGCAGAGCGAACUGUCACUGCCCUAAAUCAUACGAUCAGUUUGCAACUGGGGACCAAUGUGACUCUUCCGGCGAGUGCGUUACAGUCCACCAGUUGUCUGUGCCUUAUGCUUCUGCAGUUGAAAUUUGUCUUCAAGACGGAGCUGUCGUAGCAGAUGCAGCGACUCAUAGAAAAGAGCUUUUCCUUCAAUCACUGUAUAAAGAGGCAUACUUCUCGCCAUUUUGGAUUGGACUGAAUUUCAUCGAUGGAAGAUACAUCUGGAGCAAUAAUCAAUCAAUAUCUGAAUACAACUACAAUAACUGGUGCACUGCGGAUCACCAGCCAAAAAUCAGUGGUGGGAACUGUGUUUACGAAGACCGCUGUGGCGAAUAUUCAACAGGAUGGUUUACUGCCGAAUGUGGGAUGAUGUUACCAACAUUUUACUUUGCUUGCCAGAAAGAUGCUUGUGAGUCUUCCGGUUUUAAGAACUGAAC